UCCCCCAUUUCUUUUUCUUCUACCUCACUCACACACACUCUCUCUCCUGCCUACCUAAUUUCUCUCUCUAAAAAUGGCUGCCAGACCACCAGAACCAGAACACCCACCUCAACCAGGCCCCACGCUUCCUCCAACCUCCUUCUCCUCCGCCAUAGUCGUCCACCAAUCUCCACCGUCCAAACUCCCAAUCGACUUCAGCCCACCGUUGAUCGCCAUGGUGGUCGUCGCAGCAGCAGCCUUCCUCUUCAUCACUUACUCCCGCCUUAUUUCCCGCCACCUCUUCCCGCCAUUUCUCCGCUUCAUCCGCCGUCACCGCCGCCGCAGGAUUCUCUUCCCGCCGUCCGAUAUCGGCUCUCCGCCGCCGCCCUACGAAUCCUCCGACGGAUUCUACGUUUACUCGCCUUACGGCCUCGAUGAAUCGGUUAUCAAGAAUAUUCCGUUGACAAUUUACAAGUUCCCGACGAAAUUAGGGUUUAUCGAAGUUAAUGGAUUCAAUGAUUGCGCUGUUUGUUUACUUGAUUUUGAGGAGGGAGAAUGUAUUCGUACUCUGCCUCUUUGUUGUCACGCUUUCCACGUUGAUUGUAUCGACAUGUGGCUUCGAUCGCACGCCACGUGUCCGCUUUGUCGUGCCGGAGUUUACCUUCCGCCGCCGGAAUCGCCGUUGUUAUCGCCGGUAAUGACGGCGAGAAUCCGUCCGAGCUUCGACGAAGGAAUUCUCCUCGAAAGCAUGUUUUUAGAGCCGUUGCCGGAAGUUGAUGUUGAGCAAAAUUCCGGCGAAAUUCAGGAGGUUUUCUCGCCGGAAAGAAGGAUAAUUCAGUCGGAAGAUCAGCGUUGUAAUAGAAGAGAACUCGAUUUUCUUCUCAAACGAUCGUAUUCGUUUGGAUUUGAACGGAGUUUUCCGUCGGAAAGGUUAGUUAUGGAGCCGGCAACGACGCCGUAUCACCACCGUCAACGGCGGAACUUCUUCUGGACAAAACGACCAUCAUCAACGCCGUUUAGCUCAAUAGCAAAAUCUAGAGUAUUCUCUUUCCGGCGAACGAUGAAAUCUCCGGCGUUGUUCCGGCGACGAGGGUUUUUCCCGUUGUCGGAAUCUUCAGCGAGCUUACGAUACGCUAGCACAGAUGAACCUUCUAGAAGAAUCAAAUCAAUGGCGUCGCCAUUGUUUGGAAGAGCGGCGAUGUUUUCGUCGAGUCGAAUGAGGUCGGGUGAUCCUGAAGCAUUGAUUUCACCGGAGAGGUUUAACAGACGGUAGGAGAUGAUGACACGUGGGAGGUGGAUGUAGCGUUGGAUUAAGGUGGAAUGAAUGAACGGUGAUGAUGGGGUUUGAGGGGUGUAAAUGUGGUGGGGAUGAAGGUGGUGUAAAUGUAGUAGGAAAUUUAAUGGGAGGGUGUGUCAACUGUCGAGUGCAUUAAAUGGGUGAAAUUGACGAAAGAGAAAAAUAUUAAGGGAGUGUUAGAAAGAUGGAGAGAGAUAAUAUAACUUAAGUAAGGGACUUUUUGUUUAAGAUUGCUUUUGGGGAUUCUCUCUCCAUCUAUCUACUACUCUCUAAAGUUGGUUUUUGGGGCGUAAACGGAGCUAUAAAGCAAUGAUGUAAACGAGGUUUGAUCUCGACUUUUGUAAAGAUAAUACUCGUAGCAUAGGUUAGGAGAUAGGUGUGGAGGUGUAGUAGGGGGUGUUAAACUUAAAUUGAUGGGAUUGAUGUUGGUUAGAAAAUAGGGAAAAGAUCAUUUAAUGCAGGAAAUUGAUUUAUGGUACUCUCAAGCUUUAAAUUUCUUUGUUGUGUUUACAAUGGAUUUAUUAGUAGUAAUUCUUGGCGGGAGAUUUAUUGAUAUUGGUCCGAUUUUGGACUAUUCUUUUGUA